AAGGGGUGGGGUUUUUUCCUCAGAAGAGUUUCUCUCUCUAAAAUCUCUCUUGUCUUUCUUAGGUGGGUUUUCUCGCUCUAAAAGUCGUGGUUUAGAAACAGGAGAGAGAGAGAGGAGGGUUUUUGCUUUUCUUUUCUGUCGAUCCAGAAAAAUCAGAAACCCUAACAAUUCUCCAUGGACCUUUCUUCCUCGAUCUUCCCUGUAAACUACCCUCCCAUAAGUUUCAGAAAAGGAUUGGGGUGAUUUGCUAUUAUGUCCUCCACUAUCUCUUCCAUUUGCAUUCAGGAAAAGAUGAACUUGUCAAUUCAAGGUCUUCCCACUAAAAAAGAUUCAAAGCCAGACUCUGUGAUUAAGAAGCCAUCACUAAACCCUAAUGCAGCAGAAUUUGUUCCGUCUUUCCUUAGAGCUCCCUCUCAAAGUGCUGACACUCCUGGUUUGUCAAGGGCCAAUAUCCCUGGAAAUUCAGGCAAGACGAUCUUAUUAGAUCGAACAGAGUGUAAAUCAGAUGAAGAGGCCCACCAAUAUUGGUGUCAACAACUUCCUGAUGAUAUUACCCCUGAUUUCAACUCUUUAGGAGAAGAACUGCAAGGGCAUGGGAACCUGUCAGUUGCCAAUUUGUCCUUAAAUGAUGCUUUUGAAACACCAAGGUCUUCUUCAAUUGGCAGUUUGGGGGGUGCUGGGCACUUAUUGGGCAAGAUACAGAACAUAGCAGCUCACCCCCGUGAUGAAAUAAAUGAGAGGCUUAGGUUUUCAAUGCCUGCUUUGAUGGAAGAUCGAGGUUCGGAUGGUUUUGUAGUGCCUAACUUAUGGGAGAAGCGCUUCAUGAGUCAGGACUCAAAUCUCAACAAGGGAAGGGAGGGCCAGCUUUACAGUGGUGAUCCCAGUGCUGGUUUCCUCAGUGAAUUCCUUGGGGAACAACCACUUUUAGAUGAUGGUGAUAUAAACCCAGUGGAGUUCUUGGCGACUCAGUUCCCUGGUUUUGCGGUGGAAAGCUUAGCAGAUGUGUAUUAUGCAAAUGGGGGUGAUCUGAGCUUGACUAUUGAGAUGCUUGCACAACUCGAGCUUCAAGUUGAUGGUGGUCUGAACCAGAAUCUAACCCCAAAGACCAUGUCUGCUCCAAACCUUAGCUCACUAGACUUUCCAGCUCUCCCAGUGCCAGAGGCUCAGAAUGGCCUUUCUCGCUACACUGGAGAUGAUCUCCAUCAAGCAUCCAACGCCUACCAAUCUGAUGAUAGAGAAGGUUUCCUUUAUGGGAGACCCAACUUCUCUAGCGCAUCAAGAAGUGGGAUUGACUUUGCAGCAGCUGUGAGAAAGCUUGCAACUCCGGAUUCGGGUCAGUGGAAAUAUGAAAGGAAUGGCUCUGUAGGGAGAAGUGUCGGCUCGAGUAGAAGCUCCCAACUUUCGGUUAGUUCUUUAGGUGGAAAUGGGAGGUCAGUUACGGGUGAUAGAUCGCAAAACUAUUCUCCAGCACGGUCAGCUCCUUUGGCUCCAUGGCUAGAGACUGGAGAUACAGUUGCAAAGAUGUAUUCAGAUUUGAGAGAAGAAGCUCGGGAUCAUGCACGCCUGAGGAAUGCAUACUUUGAACAGGCACGAGAUGCAUAUCUGAUUGGAAACAAGGCUCUCGCUAAGGAGCUAAGCCUGAAGGGUCAAUGGCAUAAUAUGAAGAUGAAGGCUGCUCAUGGAAAAGCCAAAGAUGCCAUAUUCCAACAGAGGAACCCAUCGCCUUCAGAGUCUCAUACCAGAGCGCAAGAGCGGCUGAUCGACCUGCAUGGUCUCCAUGUGAAUGAGGCCAUCCAUCUGCUCAAGCAUGAGCUCGCCAUCAUUCGAAACACAGCAAGAACAGCCUCUCGUCGACUCCAAGUCUUGAUCUUGGUGGGCACAGGCCACCACACGAAGGGCUCUCGACCUGCGAGGCUCCCCAUUGCAGUGGAAAGGUACUUGAUCGAAGAGGAAGGGCUUGAUUACAGUGAACCUCAGCCUGGCCUUCUGCGAGUUGUGGUAUAGUUGUGACUGUAUAAUUUAAAAGCACAGAAAAAGAGAUGAAAGAGAAAAGGAAGAAAAAAGAAGAAGCAUACAGAUGAAACCAAUCGAAUUCUUGUAUUUUUGUACAUGGUGGGUGGAAGGGCGGCCUUAAAUUGUUACAGGUAGGAGAAAAAUGGGACUUCUUGUGGUCAGGGUUCUCACGAGCCCUUUUUUGCAGGGUUUCCUCUCUCAUUGUGAAGAGGCAAGUCUGGAGGUUCCCGAAUUCUUUUUUUUCUUGUUACAAUUCAAUUAUUCAGUUCGUAUUAUCUUUGCAACAAAGGAGGCAAUUGAUUUUUUGUUCCGUUCCAUUUA